AUGGACGGAGCCAAGUCACUAGCGGCGUCGGCGGGUGGGAAGCAGGAUCUGGAAGAGGCGCUUCUACAGAUCGUGCAUCAGCACCACCGCCAAUCCCUCCGCCAACGCCAACAAACCGAGAGAGCGAAGGAGGACGCCCUGAGAAGCGCGGCGCGGGUCGCUGAUCUGCUCGUGGACGCGGUCGACGGCGGGGUGCAGGAGCUCUUCGUCAACGAGAAGCGGAUCGAGCUCGAGGCCCGCGCGCUGCUCGGUACCAUCGCUCGCUACAGGCGGCAGACUGAUCAGUGGCUGGCUGACACCAGCGAGAUCAACUCUGUCUUGAAGGAAAUUGGAGAUUUCGAGAACUGGAUGAAGAUCAUGGACUUUGACUGUAGAAGUAUCAAUGCAGCCAUACGCAACAUUCAUCAGUCAUGA